UCCUUGCUAACCACUCCACGCUCCGUCGAUCAACCUCGCCUGGAAGCAUUUGCCUCGGGCGUCGCAGCGACGCAGGUGGACGGAAGCAAAGAGGGCGUGACCGAGCCGGCGCGGCAGGACGGAGUAAGGAGGCGGGAGGAGGACCCGGCGGCGCGCGCGCGCGAGAAUGGGGCGCGACGGCGGGUGCGGGGUCGCCUGGACGGGCGCGGCGGGGUGCCGCUGCGAGCUCUGCGGGGCGCCCGCGGCCGUGCACUGCGCGGCGGACGCGGCGUUCCUCUGCGCCGCGUGCGACGCCAAGGUGCACGGCGCCAACUUCCUCGCGUCACGGCACCGCCGCACGCGCCUCCUCCUCCCGGGCGCCGAAGCGGGGUGCGGCUCGGUGACGGCGGAAGAAGGAGAAGAGGACGAGGGGUACGCGUCCGCGGCGAGCUCGUGCGUGUCCACGGCCGACUCGGCGUCCACGGCGACUGCGGCUGCGGCGCGGUGGGCGCGGGCCGGGAGGCGGCCGAGGCGGGCCGCGGCCGCGGGGCGCGCCGAGGCGGUGCUCGAGGGGUGGGCCAAGCGGAUGGGCCUCGCGCCGGGGGCGGCUCGCCGGCGCGCCGCGGCGGCCUGCCGCGCGCUCCGCGCCUGCGGGGCCGACGCCGCGGCCGCGCGCGUCCCGCCGCGCGUCGCCAUGGCCGCCGCGCUCUGGUGGGAGGUUUCAGCGGGAGGGGGGAGCUGCGGCGCCGGUGCCAGCCGCGACGACGCGCUGCGGCGGCUGGAGGCUUGCGCGCACGUGCCGGCGCGGCUGGUGGUGGCCGUGGCCACGUCCCUCCUGGCGCGCGCCCGCAGGCGGGCCGCCGUGGAGGAAGGCUGGGACGAGUGCGCGUGGACCGAGCCCAAGUCCAAUCCGUCCCGUUCCUGAUCUCCCUUUCUUCCUUGUGUUGUGUGCUUGCUGAGCGAACCACGCACGUCCUCCACCUCGAGCACGACUGAUUAGAAACAAACUUCACACUUGUGGACCCUGUUUGUUACCGUUUGCCUCCGUGCUAAGCAAACCUAAAUCCCGUGGUUAGGAAUAGAGGAGAGGGGCACAUGUAAAGGGACAGCAUUUGAGUGUAUUGCAAUUGACAAACUUGAUCGGUUUCUUCGUAUAUAUUAGUUGUAUAUGUAUGUAGUUCAUGAGCCUCUUCUCUUCUUUUGUUAGUAAAGUAGUUUAGGAGUUAGAAUUUGAAACGGAUUAGAUCGACAAGUCCAGGUACACAAAUCACCUGAAGGGCCGGCUGUCUGGUACAUCUCGCUCGCUUCCACCCGCCGAGACGCCUUUGCUUCCCCAGAAAUGUCGGCGCCACACCUCUGCUCGCCACGCUCGCUCUGCCGCUGCCGUGACCGGAGGAGGUCGGGGCCCUGUAGCCAUCACGCGGUGACUGUGCAAUGAGCUGACGUGCGUGCCUUUGCCCAGGGCGUUGCCCGAACAAUCCAGAACAUCCUUAUAUAGACUUGCCUUAUUUUGUUUCAUAUUAA